GGAUCGGGAGUAACUACUAGUGAUAGGGCAAAUGGGGGAAGGACAUAGGAAAUAGGGAUGCCUACAUUCAAUCAAUUGAUUCGUCAUGGUAGAGAAGAAAAACGGCGCACGAACCGUACUCGAGCUUCGGAUCAAUGUCCCCAGAAGCAAGGAAUAUGCCUGCGUGUUCUUACGAGAACACCGAAAAAACCCAAUUCAGCUCUACGUAAGAUAGCCAAAGUACGGUUGAGCAAUCAACAACAUAUAUUUGCUCACAUUCCAGGCGAAGGUCAUAAUUCGCAGGAACAUCCUAUAGUCUUAGUAAGAGGAGGUAGAGUGAAAGAUUCGCCAGGUGUGAAAUCCCAUUGUAUUCGAGGAGUCAAGGAUUUGCUGGGAAUUCCGGAUCGCAGAAGGGGCAGAUCCAAAUAUGGUGCUGAAAGACCUUCAUCGAAAUGAAUGGAAGAUGCCUCGUCGGUUUGAUCUGAUCGGCUUAUCUUAAAGGGCGGGGCGCAAGAACAAGUGUUUCAAUAUCGUCCCACGGGCAGAUCGCUUAGCCAUCUUCGGUGCAAGAGCGCUCGAGCAGCGAGCUAUUAAGCUUACUAGUUUUCGAUGUAUUGGUGUAGCAAGCCCAUACUGCUCCCGUGCCUCUGUACCGUCCGUUUUCCUCAAUCAAUAUAGUAGGGUGUUGGCCCGCAUAGAGGGGGUUCUUCGUCCAAUGUCAGUUUACGGUGCUUAUAAAGGUUCUACUUGUUUUUC